AUGAGUGAAGGGGCGGCCGCUGCCUCGCCACCUGGUGCCGCUUCGGCAGCCGCCGCCUCGGCCGAGGAGGGCACCGCGGCGGCUGCGGCGGCGGCGGCGGCGGGCGGGGGCCCGGACGGCGGCGGCGAAGGGGCGGCCGAGCCCCCCCGGGAGUUACGCUGUAGCGACUGCAUCGUGUGGAACCGGCAGCAGACGUGGCUGUGCGUGGUGCCUCUGUUCAUCGGCUUCAUCGGCUUGGGGCUCAGCCUCAUGCUCCUCAAAUGGAUCGUGGUGGGCUCCGUCAAGGAGUACGUGCCCACCGACCUGGUGGACUCCAAGGGGAUGGGCCAGGACCCUUUCUUCCUUUCCAAGCCCAGCUCUUUCCCCAAGGCCAUGGAGACCACCACCACCACCACUUCAACCACGUCCCCCGCCACCCCCUCCGCCGCCGGCGCCGCCUCCUCCAGGACGCCCAACCGGAUUAGUACUCGCCUGACCACUAUCACGCGGGCACCCACUCGCUUUCCCGGGCACCGAGUGCCUAUCCGGGCCAGCCCGCGCUCCACCACAGCACGGAACACUGCGGUCCCCCCGACGGUCCUGUCCACCACCGUCCCUUUCUUCAGUAGCAGCACGCCGGGCUCCAGACCCCCAGUGCCAGGAACCCCCAGUACCCAGGCGAUGCCCUCCUGGCCCACUGCGGCAUAUGCUACCUCCUCCUACCUUCAUGAUUCUACUCCCUCCUGGACCCUGUCUCCCUUUCAGGAUGCUGCCGCCUCUUCUUCCUCCUCUUCCUCUUCCUCCUCCUCCUCCACCACCACUACACCAGAAACUAUCACCAGCCCCAAAUUUCAUACAACGACAUAUUCCACUGAGAGAUCCGAGCACUUCAAACCCUGCCGAGACAAGGACCUUGCAUACUGUCUCAAUGAUGGCGAGUGCUUUGUGAUUGAAACCCUGACAGGAUCUCAUAAACAUUGUCGGUAA